AUGAAGCAGCUCCACCGGCAGGCGAGCCUCAGCAAGCAGCACCGCGCGCACCACCGCACCCGCUCCCUCGCCUCCUACCUCGUCCGCGAGCACCGCCUCCUCUUCGUCCUCCUCGGCUUCCUCCUCGCAUCCUCCUUCUUCCUCCUCUACCCCUCCCUCGCCCCGCACCCCAGCUCCCUCUCCGCCGCCUCCUCCGCCCGCGACGCCGACGGCGCCGUCACCAGAAACCCCCGCGCAUUCUUCUCCACCACCGCCGCCAACAACGCGGCGGUGGCGGCGGCGAGGCGCCUCCCGGUCGGCGUCCGCAAGAAGCCCCUGCGAGUCGUCGUCACGGGCGGCGCCGGCUUCGUCGGCAGCCACCUCGUCGACAGGCUCCUGGCCCGCGGGGACAGCGUCAUCGUCGUCGACAACUUCUUCACCGGCCGCAAGGACAACCUCGCGCACCACCUCGCCAACCCACGCUUCGAGCUCAUCCGCCACGACGUCGUCGAGCCCAUCCUCCUCGAGGUCGACCAGAUCUACCACCUCGCAUGCCCCGCCUCACCCGUACACUACAAAUUCAACCCAAUCAAGACCAUCAAGACGAAUGUGAUGGGGACCUUGAACAUGCUCGGACUGGCGAAGAGGGUCGGGGCACGGUUCUUGCUCACGAGUACCAGUGAGGUGUAUGGUGAUCCUCUAGAGCACCCUCAGAAGGAGAGCUACUGGGGCCACGUUAAUCCAAUAGGUGUUAGGAGUUGUUAUGAUGAGGGAAAAAGAACAGCAGAAACUCUCACCAUGGAUUACCAUCGUGGUGCUGGCGUUGAGGUAAAGCUGCACUUGUAG